AUGAUUCAACAAAGUAACUCAGAAAAAAUACAAAAUAGAAUUAAUUUCUCCACUUUUGUGCAUAGUGUUUAUUUUUUGGCAAAAAAAGAAAUUCCUCAUACUACUAAAUAUGAACCAUUAUUAAAUAAAGUAGUGCUAAAACAAAAUCAAACUUUAUUUGAGUGGGUAAAAAAACAAAACGACAGAUCGACUUACAUGAGUAAAAACACAGCUAUUGAAAUAUUAAAUUGUAUUUCCACUGUUGUUGAAACUCAUGACUCAAAUGAAUUAAAAAAUAAAUAUUUUUCAUUAAUGGCUGACGAGUCGACAAAUAUUAAAAAUAUUUGUGAAAUGACAAUAAUUAUUCGUUUUGUAACAGACUGUGGUAAAAUUAGAGAAUUAUUUUUAUGCAUCGUAGAAUUGUCUAGCACAAAUGCGCAAACCAUAACAGAAACUAUUGAUUGA